CGGCACCGCCCCCCGCACACGGCCGCWGGUGCUGCGCCGAUGUUCCCGGCGCGCCCGAGGCGAUGCACCUGCCCCGAGGGGGGGUUAGUGCCCGCUGGUGCCUCCCCUCCCUGCCCCCGGGAACAAGGAAGCAGCUCCAGCCACUUUCAGCCAUCACUCGGCUGUGUAGUUCCCCGCUGGCACCUUCACCACGCUCUGUGUCCUCAGGUUCCACACCUUGCAGGGCCUUGGGUGCUGGUUUUGGACAUGACUGGGGCCAUGGGAGGGCUGUCCCUGCUGCUGCUGAGCCUUGCUGUGCUGGAUCUCAGGCUGGAGACCAUGGCACUGCUGGCCAGAACCAACUCAAGCACUGCAGCCACCUUUCCUCCCUCCCGKCUUGUAACCUUCACCCCAGAGAUGCCAAUGGAUGCCUUCAUAUCCAGCCCUUCUGCAGCUCAGCGGAGCAGCCCAGCAGCCUCCAACAUCACCACACCACAGGCAAGGAGCAGCACAGCCCACAGCACUCCUGUGUCACCUGGGCUGGGACCUGCCACCACCAGCAGCACCCCAGCAGGGCUGGGAGCCACCACCAGCACACCAACUCCAACCUCCGUGGCCACGACACCCAACUGUGACAAGACAACCAAUUUCACACCUGUGGGGACCAGCACAGCGCUGACUGUCAGCUCAUUUGGAGCUGAAAUGAGCACUCUGCCUCCUCCCACCUCUGCUCUUCUGUCCUCCACCUGGAUGGACACCACRCAUGGCACCAGCACCCACCAAGGGCCAACCACGACCACACUGCUUGGCAGCACAACCCCAGGGGCCAGCAGCACCUCCUCUUUUACCACCCCAGUGGUGACAGACACUUCAGAUGAGCCCUUACUGGACACCACGGCCUCCCUUCCCACCACAGGGGUGGCUGKGAGCACCCCUGGCCCCAGCCAGCCAGUUGGAACCAUGGCCUGGACCACCCCUGAUACGUCCACCUUAACAGAAUCAGAGACCCCCAGUCACACUGCAGAGACCACUGCCAUAGACGUGACAGCAACCAUGUCCCCACCUCUCCCUACCUCCUCAAUACCUCUGGAGAGCUCAACAGUACUGCCCGCCACUGACCCCAGCACCACAGCUGCCCCCCUUUCCUCCAGCCCUGAAACAGAAGCCUCCAGCCCAGAGGAGUCCAGCACAUCCCUAGAGAAUGGCAACACYUCACCUCUCACUGCAACUACAGACGAUUCAACUGAGUCCUUGACCACCCUGGCAGACACCACAGCCAGCCCCGUAUUCAGCACAUCAGACCCCAUGAGCACCCCGCCUCCAAGCAACCCAGCCAGAACCACCCCUGACAUCUUCCCCUCAACUCUGGAGUCGACUCCAGGCACUGAGCCCUCCUCCCCUGACACCAGCUCAGCCCAGACCACAGAGCUUACCUCCAGCAYGCCUACGGAGCUGCCGACGCUGCCGCCAACCUGCCCCUCUGGCUCGUCCAACACCAGUGCGUCCCACAUCUUUCUGUCGCUGCGGCUAACCACCCCCCUGGACCUGGGGAACACCACGGUGCAGGAGCUGGUGUUGUCCAAGCUCCGUGAGGACCUGCAGACCGCGUUCCCAUGCGCUGGCCUGUCACUGGCGUGGCGAGGGAAGAGGAGGACCUGACCGCKGCCCCUCGCCUUGGCCUGUUCCUGCCUGGACUGGAGAGUCACCUGCUCCCAGCUCCUCACCCCACGGUGGUGCAGGCCUUUGGGAAAUCCCAUACAACUCUUCCUGAACCUGGGCCUGCCUGUCCUUCACUCUGCACCCCCAGUGCCCCCCUGCCCCUUCCCACAGCCUGUCUGGAGAGCCAUCACCCUGCCCCAGACCUGGCUYCUGUGGUAGCACCCCUUCCAGUGCUGCUGGGGGGCUGGGAGGAGGGGACCCUGCAGGACUGGGCUUUUACAUCUGGGACUGAGCUGGCUGAGCCAUCAAAGCCAUCCUGGGGACUGAGGAAURAGAAGGAGGAGACCUGAAACCCCCGGUAUUGCUGUGCCCAAGGCUCACCUGUGGUGUUGCUGACAGAGAACACCCGUGCCAGCACAGGCCUGGCAGUAAAUAGAAAUUCUGUGUUUUCUGUG